AUGCAGACCCUCUUCUCAAGCGUCAUCAUUGCUAAGCUUCAGUGCGAUGGGAUCCACCCGGCCUGUGGGCGCUGUACCGGCUACGGCUACCGAUGCGUCUAUUCCGUGUCGGAGAAGCGGCGGUCCAAGCUCGAGCAUGUGCAUGAGGAGCAUCAUGAAGUGCCGACAUGCAGCCGUUUGGCCGAGGCUCUGCGUCAGGUCCUUGAUGACUAUGAACGUCUGGCUGUGGACACCCUGGCCAGCCUUUCGCUGUCUGAUCAGGCAGCUGCUUCAGACCGGCUGGCAGGCCUGCGACUGCGCGUCAGCGAGCUUUUCCGAGCCGAAGGCGAACCGGUCGACCCGUCAUCGCCACACCAGCAGCAACAGCAGCAACAACAAAUGCCGGUUGUGCCAGCACCAGUCUCUUUCGCCCGUCCGACAGCCGUGGCCGAGCGCUAUCUCGGCGAGGUCUCGGAUGUGCGCUUCUUCAAUCUCAUCGACCGGGCGCUGCAGGAGAAGAACGAGGGCGGGUCGAGCUGCUCGGCCGAGGAGCCCGGCAGCGGGGCAGCCCUCGACAGCUACGAGCAGGACGAGCCGUCGAGUGGUGCGGCAACGGUAGCCGCCGUCCAACUGGAGCGCCUGGCCGUUGCUCUGCCACCGGCCGACGCAGCCGAGCGCUACCUCGACGUCUACUUCUCCACCAUCCAUAUGGCAUAUCCUUUCAUCCCCCGUGCGCUCUUUGUCAGGACCUACCACCGCUAUCGUGCGACCGGACGCACCGCUGACGCCAACAUUGACAGCACUUGGCUGGCCACAUUGUACGUCCUCUUCGCCAUCGGCGCAUACUAUAUUUCCAUCUCGGGCGACACGGGUGACAAGUCUCACGAGCAGUACUACCGCCACGCCCUGAUGCUGUCCGAUGCCGACACUCCUGAGCGCUCUCUCGGCCGCGUGUCUUUGCUGCUGGCCCAGUGCUUCUACCUGCUGGCGGCCUGUCGGACCGACAAGUGCUGGACCACCCUAGGCUUGGCCGUUCGUGUUGGCCAGAGCAUCGGCCUGCAUGUGGACGUGGACGUGGACGUGGACGUGGACGUGGACACCGGCACAGAGACGGCUCCGCUGUUGCUCCGGGCCGAGUCUCGUCGUCGAGUGUGGUAUUCGAUCUACGUGCUCGACCGCCUGCUGGCCCUGCAGCUUGGCCGGCCGCCGGCCAUCCACGACGACGACUGCCACCUACGGCUGCCCUCGCGUCUGGGCGACGCCAACAUCGACUGGGACGGUGCUGGUGAGGACGGCCGCUGGAGUCCGGCUGCCCAAGAAAGGUCGUCGGCGGCCAGUCUGGGCGACUACUUUGUGUGUAUGAUCUCGCUGUCACGGAUUAUUGGUCACGUGAUGCGCGACCUCUACAGUCCGCCCCGAACACGCGACAGCAUCGCCGGCUGGCUGCCGAGCACGCAGGCCCUGGACGGCCAGCUGGUUGAGUGGAGGCGUUCACUUCCGCGGGCGCUGCGCUUCGACCUCGGCCAUACGUUUGAGACGAGUCAGGCGUUCCGCCGCCAGCGCAACAUGCUGGCCAUCAAGUUCCACCACCUGCGGGCGCUCAUCUACCGGCCUUACCUCUGCCUGCCGCUGCUGCGCGGCCGCAAGGACAAGAUGCCGGACGGGCAUAGCCGGCGGCUACUCGACCGCCACGAACGCACGUGCAUCGCCGAGGCCCAGGACACGGCCCACCUGCUGCACAACGUGGCCGACAAGGAGAGCCUCGUGCACGACUUUCCCUGGUGGCAGAUGAUCUCGUGUCUGAUCUGCGCGAGCUCUAUCCUCGUGGUGGCGAGCGUCUUUGCGAGGCGCGACGAGACCGACAGCGGCGCCGAGGACGAGCAGGAGCUCACUGGCCGCGUCGACGUGGCUGCCCUGGAAGACGACGCUGAGACCUGUCUCAAGGUGUUUGAGGCGCUCGGGGCCAACUCGGACGGCGCCCGUAUCGCUCGCGACAUGAUGCGCCGCCUUAGGACACGCGGCCGGCGCUGGCGAGAGUCCCAUGGCCAAGUGCAACAACAGAAGCAGCAGCAGCAGCAGCAAGACACAAUUUACACUCUUCCGGCGAUGGACAAUGUCAGUAGUGGCCUGCCAAGCGAUCCUGGUCCGAGCUUGGACCCAAUGCCUAUGGAGACCGACAUCUCGCUGCCAGGCCUGCCUCUCCUGGGCCAGAACGGUGAGCAUCCGUUAUAUGGUGAAUGGCCAUCUGAGAUACUGGACUCGAUGGCCUGGUCUGCCCAGUUCUUCUCGGCUGUGGAUGGAUCCGCGCCUCAGUUUUUCCGUUCCAAUGCGCCUUGCCGCUUUUUUGCGUGGGGAAAGUGCCGCAGCGGUCUGUCCUGCCCCUUUUCCCACGACGGACCCCUUGUCCAGUCCUCCCCGACAGAAAGCUGGCAGAGACGGCAGCAAGAGAAGUCCGAUGUGGGGAAAAAGGCGGACACCGACAUGACCAAAGACGGGGAUGACAAGGAGGAUAAAGACGACUUCAAGCGCGCCAUGGCCGGGGCCUCUGUCCGGUUCGAGGACGGUGGCCGUGUGGCCAAGGUGAGUCUGCCGGAGGACUUCUCAGCCGUACAGCUGAGCAGCCUGCCAUCGGAGGGGGUCUCUGCCGAGAGCGUGAGAGCGUUCCUUGGCGGGCUCGGCUUCUCCGUAGCGGUUACGGAUGUCCGGCUGCUGCCACAUGGGGAUGCAGCGGUGGUACGGGCAGAGGAUGCGACCUUUUCGCAGCGGGUCUGCGCCCACAUGGCAGCCGGCAGUCGCUGGGGGUCGUCUGUGGUGCGGGCAGUGCGCGUUGCAGCGCCGGUGCCCAAGGACCACACAGCAGGCCGGGUGGAUUGUCGCAAGGUGCACAUCUCGUGGCAUAAACCGGUGCGGACGGCGUGGCUGCGUUUCGGCAACGAGCGGACGGCGCAGCGAGUCAGCCGGGCCUUUUCGGCGGGAGUAUACCGGGUCCUGGACCAGAAAGUCGUAGCCGGGGAGCCCGAGCGGACAGUCAGCACACGUGGUGGCUACCGGACUGUUGCGGCCGAAUGGACCGUCCGGCUGAGCGACCUGCCGGCGGCUGCCGACACCAGAGAUGUGAUCAGCCGAGCCAUCGGGAAGCCGGCAGACCGGCCACUGAGCAUCGAAGUCAGCCAGCCGACAUACCAGGCUGCACCGGGCAGCCGAAUCAGUAGCACGGGCGACCAGGACGAGGACUACUGCGCUGCCAUUGUGCGGUCGCUCCUCGGGCAGUCAGGCACGGUCGAGUACUGGGAGACGACGCUGGAGUCGACAGCCAAGCGUGUCAAGGCCACGGCGCGCUUCCUAGACGAGGCAGACGCGCGUGCAGCAGCUACCCAGCUCAACGGGUCCCGGCUGCCCUUUCACGCCAACGGCCGGCUGACGGUCCAGCUGGUCUGCUCGGUCCGGUUCAAAGUCGGUAGCAGCGUCUACGAUGCGCUGGCACCGCGCAUCUCGGCGCUCGCUGGCAGUGCCUGGAAGACGGCCCACGUGCGCUUCUUUGCGUAUCCGAGUCCACGUCUACAGCCGGCAUACCGGAUCCUCAAGCUCGAGGGUGAGUCUGACCGCGCCGUCGCCGUCGCCAAGGGCGAGCUCGACCGCAUCUUGGCCGGCACCGUCGCUCGCGAUCGCCAGGAAAAGCCGCUUUGGGAUGAGGCGAUCAGCAGCAGCAACAGCCUCUGGCUUGAGAUCCAGCGGCAGGCCAGAAGCGACUCUCCUGACAGCCUCAUCGUCGUCCGCAGCAAGACCAGGUCCCAGAUGCUCCUGUUCGGGUCGCAGGCGGCCUGCGACCACGCCCAGACUCGGCUGCGGGCGCUUCUGCUCGACAACGAGAAGACCUCCCACACCAUCCCGCUGCAGCCGAACCAAUUUCUCUGGGCCUGUCGCGAGGGUCUCGCCUCGAUCGCCGACCGGAUCGGCCCUGGUAAGGCCUCGCUCGACGUCGUGUCCACGCCGAAACAGAUCUGCAUCCAGGGCUCUCUGCACGACCUCUGCCAGGCCAGGGAUCUGGUCUGCAGCCAGAACACCAGCCAGAUGACCAGCUCAACGCUCGCCAAGGCCGCCGACUGCUGCGUCUGCUGGACCGAGGAUGCUGCGCCUGUCCGGACCGCCUGCGGCCACGUCUACUGCCACGAGUGCUUUGACAACGGCUGUGCCGCUCCGGCGCCCGGUGAAGCCGAAUUCACCCUGCUCUGCCACAGCCUUGCUUGUGGACGACGACUGCCACUUCGGGACUUGCAGGAGCACCUCUCGUCGGCCGCCUUUGAGGGCCUGCUCGCCCACUCCUUUGCCACCUUUGUCCAGCGUCAUCCAGACCAGUUGCGCUUCUGUCCGACGCCCGACUGCGGUCACAUCUAUCGGUUGCUGCCAUCGUCGUCAUCGUCGUCAUCUGAGUCCUCCCGCUCACACACCUGCGCUAACUGCUUGCAGGUCACGUGUGCUGCCUGUGCCGAACCGCAUGACGGCGCCAUGACCUGCGGGGACUAUCGAGACCUGCGCUCCGGCGGCCACGCUGCCUUCCAGCGCCUCAAGAAGGAACUCGGCGUCAAGGACUGCCCGAAGUGUGGCAUAGCCAUCGAGAAAGUCACCGGCUGCAACCAUAUGAUCUGCAUCGCCUGUCGCACCCACAUCUGCUGGGUCUGUCUCAGCACCUUUUCCAGCGGCGACCUCGUAUACACGCACAUGCAGCGCAUACAUGGCGGCCAUAUCGAUCUUCCUUGA